AUGGAUGUGAGCUGCAAGAUAAGGACAGAAACAUUUUGUGCCAGUAUAUUUUUCUUGCUUGCAGCCAGAAGCUAUUUUGAACCAAAGUAUAGAUUUGAGAGAUGCGAAAAAGUGAGAGGAAUAUGUAAAACGUUUUGUGAUGAUGUUGAAUAUGAUUAUGGAUACUGCAUUAAAUGGAGAAGUCAGUGCUGCGUAUAA